AUGGUGCACGACGGCGAUGACGUGACACAGGCCGCGGCCGCUCUAAGCACCGGUGAUGCGCUGCGUGGCUGCGUGGAUCCGACGGCGCAUUACAUCUUCCGCAACUGCAUCCGUGCGCCCCGCGCGGAACGGCCGAAGCCGUACCUGUACAUUGAAGACCCGAGCAGCUUGGCGCUGGCCGCGGUGCGGCUCCGACGUGAUGAGCGGCUCCCCGCUGCUUCAGCGACGAGCAAGUCGGAAGAAGCAGGGGCCUCCCACGAGCCGGCGGCGGCGGCGGCAACUGCACCGCAGCAGGGGCGAAGCGGAGAGAGGGAGGUCGCUGUUGACGAGGCGGCAUCCUCGCAGACGUGGAGUGACGAGCCGACGUCCUCGUCUUCGCAGAUGCUGCCGCGUACCGCACACGCGCCGAUGGCGGAGGCGGCGACGGAGGAAGGCAAUAAAAACCGUAGCACCAAUGAGAAGCCCAAAUUGUCCAGCAGCGACUCCCUCUCGCCGCCGCUGUCCGCCGAGGAAGUGGUGCCGGUAGACGCCGCCAACAAGAUCAACCGCACCUACCUCAUCACCGGCGCCCUGCACGCCGAGCCGAUCUCAGCGGCGGACAUCAGCAAGGAGGAGCUGAUCAUUGACAUCUUCAACGCCCUGCCCUCGGAGCAGCGCCGGAUGGAGAUACUCGAGGCAUUCUACGUGGCGCACCUGCAGCCCUAUGAGCAGAACGCCUCCUACACCGGGGAUGACUGGGACGACAUGACGGAGACGAAGGUGCCGCGCUGGUUUGGGGUAGAGUUCGACACGCGGCGCGGGUGCUUCUUCGUGACGGUCUUCCGCCGACGUGUCCGCAUCUUUCUCUUCUCCUUCCUCUUCCGCGCCCUCCGCCUUUUCUUUUCUGGGUGGUACUGUUCUGCCUGGUGCCGAAGAACUGGUUCUAUCCGGGUGGGCUCUACUUCGAUACCAUCGACACGAUCGUCUUCGCCGGCAACGCCGGCACCCUCGUCGCGCGUGCGCUGUCCAUCCCCUCCAUUGUCGGGGUGA